CUCUGUUCACUUUGACUUUCUUGCUCAACUUGCUUCAGUUCUGUAGUGUGAUGUUUUCCAGUAUUUAAGCUCGAGACAAAAAUCUGAUCUUUACAUUGUCUCGGGCCAAAAAUUACUCUCAAAUGGCGCUCCUCUGCUAUAAAUUCAUCAAGCAAUUCAAUGACAAUCUUCUCUUUCAGAUCGAUAGCGCCUACCCUGUAGGUGGACUUCGGUUAAGUCCUGCUCCACAGAGUGAAUCUAUCCAUCUUUGAUUCACGUGUGAAGAAUGGCAGGCAAAGGAAAGAAGGAAAUAACUGGAGCCGAUGAAGCAGGAAAGAGAGGAGGACCAGGGCGUCCACGACUGUCUGAAGAAGAAAAGAUAAAAAAGAAGGACGAGAAAAAUAAAAAGAGCAGAGAAAGUCGGGCAACUACGAAGUUGGAACACGAAGCACACAAGGCCUUCUGUCUGAUGCCUGGAAUUACUGUCAUAUUUGAAGCCUUUCGUGACAAGUUCAUGAGGAAAAUAAAUGAGGAAAGUAUAGAGGCAUAUAUAAUCGAGGAUCUUUAAUUUAUGCACUUUCUAUCAAAACUAAGAGGAGAUGGAUCAUCCAUGAAAUAAUAGCAAUUAAAAUUACAUGCUAUAAACAUUUUAUUUCAUAUAUUUGCCUUAAUUUUUUUUUCAAAAAAAUGGGUAUUAACCUGUAUUGUAAAAAAUUAAGGGGAAAAAUUUUCCAAAACUAGUCCUAAAUUAUCCUAAUUAUUUUUAAAGUAGGAAUGGGAAUGUUUUAGUCCUUUCUCAUUGUAUUUGAUUAAAAUGAAGUAAUUUUGAAGUAUUUUAAUUCCUAAUUUUUUGCAAGUCCACUGAUAAACAUUAAUCUUUUUUUUUUUCCUUUUUUAAAUCUUAAUUUGUUUUUCGUUUGUCAAAUGAAGGGUACUGAAGGUCAAGAGUUCAAGGAAAAAUUAAAGGAGAUUUAUGAGG